GGUAGCGUAUCGCGUCACUUGUCAUUGUCAAAAGUUUAACGUCUUUUUUUCUAAUGUUUUUAUUUUUCAAGUGUUGUGUUUUUAGCUAUUACAGAUCUUCUUGAACUUGAUUUAAUGUAAAAAGAAAAAAGAGAAACUAGCUUUAAAUGAUAAAAAGUAAAAAUGAGUAAGGAAAAUUUCAAUUCCUCCGACUGUUUGGCCCGUUUGCACAAGAUAGCGGAAGAAAUACCCUCAGGGGUCAGAAGGAAUGAAGUCGAAUCCAUACUACCCUUUAUGACUUCAGAAGAACUUCUUCCUGUUACUAAUAGUAUUAUCAUAAAUGCCGUAAAACAAAAGAUUGAUGAUUUCUGGAAUAACUAUAAUAUUUCUGAAAAGUUAAAAAAUUUAAAGGAGAUGCAAGAAAAAGCACCUAAUGAAAAAGCAUGGAGACCAACUACUGGUGAAGUAGAUGUCAAGCCCAUAAUAGCUUGUGCAUUGAGAGAAAGAAAAAAAAGGUUAGAAGAAGAAAUAAGAAGGACAAAAGAAAAAUCAGAUACCUUAAAAUCUGAUUUGAUAUAUUCUAGAGAAAAACUAGAAAAGCAAAUUUUAGAAACAAAUCAAUGACUAAAGACGAGCCAUUAUAUGAAAUCAGAGAUUAAAAAUAGCUAUUUUGAAUAGUUUUUACUUAGGUUACAAUAUUUAGAAUGCAUACUUUUUCACAUUAUUCAAUAACAAUAUAAGUUUGUAGCCUGUGGUAAGAAGUCAUAGCUUGAUAUGUCGACAUUUUACUGAAUUUGAGUUAUCAACAUCACUGCGUUCGUCUCUAUGAGAUCUACUAGAUGGUAUAACUUGAUGAGUGAAAUUCCCAAAAUAACAGUAAUCCUGAUAUAUGUUAGAAGUUUACGUUACAGAUGAAGUUACCCAAACUCAACGUAUCAAGUCAUGACUUCUGAAUCUUCUGAUCACAGAAGAUGCUGUUUACAUUUUUUUAUAAAUUUAAUUGACAGAAAAAAAUUGUUUCAUUUCAUUAAAAUAUUUUGAUUUCAAUCAUCUUUUAUUCCAGAUAAUUCAGUGGAUAAUAAAUCGUUAAAUAGA